UAGUUUUUGUCGUGUUUUGGGUGUCGCCUCUGCACCCCUCUGACUCACAGGUUAGCGAAGACGGGACACGGGCUAGGAGCCGCUGUCCCAGGACAGUCUGUCACCGUGCCAAUCGACCCUCUCCAACCCCUCCCCUACAGCUGAUUUUGGGUCUCCAACCCGUCUUUGCUUAAGCGGGUCGGACCGGGUAGAACCAGGCCAGACCGGGCAGAACCGGGCCGGACCGGACAGAACCAGGCCAGACCAGGCAGAACCGGGCAGAACCGGGCCGGACCAGGCAGAACCGGGCCGGACCAGGCAGAACCGGGCAGAACCGGGCCGGACCGGGUAGAACCGGGCAGAACCGGGCCGGACCGGGUAGAACUGGGCAGAACCAGGCCGGACCGGGCAGAACUGGGCAGAACCAGGCCAGACCGGGCAGAACCGGGCCGGACCAGGCAGAACCGGGCAGAACCAGGCCGGACCAGGCAGAACCGGGCAGAACCGGGCCGGACCAGGCAGAACCGGGCAGAACCGGGCCGGACCAGGCAGAACCGGGCAGAACCGGGCCGGACCAGGCAGAACCGGGCCGGACCAGGCCAGACCGGGUAGAACCGGGUCAGCUGGGAGUCCCCUCUCGGGGGGGAUGCGCGUUCUGUGAGGGAGCCGACGGAAACGGAGCAGAUCGGCACCGGGGCGAGAGAGGGGGGCGGAGUCCCGGAGAGAGAGAGAGAGAGAGGGGGGCGGAGUCCAGGAGAGAGAGAGAGGGGGGCGGAGUCCAGGAGAGAGAGAGAGAGAGAGAGGGGGGCAGAGUCCAGGAGAGAGAGAGAGAGAGAGAGGGGGGGACAGAGUCCGGGGGAGAGAGAGAGCGAAGGGGGCGGAGCCGGGCGGGGCAUGGCGGAGCACGCGGAGCUGCUGGCGGAGAUGGCGACCGUGGGCCGCCUGUCGGCCGCCGAGCGGCUGAGGCACGCCCAGAAGCGGCGGGCGCAGCAGCUGAAGACCUGGGCGCAGAUGGAGAAGGACGUCGCCCGCGGCAACAAGGCCGCCGCCGCCAAGGGCAACAAGAAGGGCGGGGCCAAGGCCCGCAAGGUGGCCUUCCCCGAAAACGUGACGCUGCUGGAGGCGGCCGCCCGCAACGACCUGGAGGAAGUGAGGGAGCUCCUGAACAGUGGGGUGAGUCCGGACCUGUUCAACGAAGAUGGCCUCACAGCCUUACACCAGUGCUGCAUAGAUGACUUUGUGGACGUGGUGCGGUGCCUGCUGGACGCGGGCGCCACGGUCAACGCCUGCGACAGCGAGCUGUGGACCCCGCUGCACGCUGCUGCCACCUGUGGCCACACGGGGCUGGUGCAGCUCCUCGUACAGGCUGGCGCCGACCUGCUGGCGGUGAACGCGGACGGGAACAUGCCCUACGACCUGUGUGAGGACGACGCCACGCUGGAGCUGAUCGAGAUGGCCAUGGCGGAGCAGGGUAUAACGCAGGACCGCAUUGACCAGUGCAGAGGGGCCAAGGAGUCAGAGAUGCUGUCGGACGUGCGGGCUCUGAUCGAGGGUGGGGCCGACCUGAACGCACAGGACAGCCAAGGAGCUACACUGCUGCACGUUGCCGCGGCAAACGGCUUCCAGUCAGUGGGCGAGCUGCUUCUCGAGCAGAAGGCGCAGGUGGAGCUGAAGGACAGCGAUGGCUGGACGCCGCUGCACGCUGCCUCCUGCUGGGGACAGAUCCAGAUGGUGGAGCUGCUGGUUGCUCACGGAGGGAGUCUCGACACCAAGUCUGUCCUGGAGGAGACCCCACUGGACGUGUGUGCGGAUGACGAGGUGAGGGCCAAGCUGCUGGACCUGAAGCACAAGCACGACGCCAUCAUGAAGGGCCAGGACAGACACAAGGGCUCCCUGCAGAGGAGGGCCUCCAGCACCGGCAGCAGAGGGAAGGUGGUGCGGCGCGUGAGCGUGAACGAGCGGUCCAGCCUGUACCGGCGCGAGCACCACAAGGAGGCGAUGGUGUGGCAGGAGCGCGGCCGGCAGCCCGAGGAGCCGCAGGACGAGGACGAGGACAGACAGACGGACGCCGAGCUGGACCCGCUGGCCUCGCCGGCUGCAGCGUCCGGUUCCUUGGUGAGGCAGGAGGAUGAGGAAGGGCCGGAGAGGAAGAGGGACGGUAACCUGGGCAACGGGGCGAUGCCGCUGUCCUCCGUCUCCUCACUGGUUCCCGGGGAGCUGCGGGGCGGGGGGCCAAUGGACCGCAGCGCCUCCUACCAGCUGGCUCCGCCCCCCGGGGGCGGGGACUCGGGAGUGGGCGGGGACGGGAUGAGCCGGGAGAAGUCCCACCACACGCUGGCCGACCUCAAACGGCAGCGGGCCGCCGCCAAGCUCCAGAAACGCCCCGCCCCGGCCCCGCCCCUGCCCCCGCCCGCCGAGGAGGAGCCCGCCCCGCCCCAACCCCUACCGCCCGCCCCCCAGGACACGCCCCCUCACACGGCCACGCCCAGCGCCGUCUAUUUCACCCCCGCCAGCGGAGACCCCCCCCUCCUAAAACUGAGAGCCCCCGAGGAGGAGAACUCCAGCACCAAGGAGCCCUGCUGUGGCCUCAUGUAG